CGCGAGACUGAGGCCGGGCGAGGCGGGGAAGUGGAGCUUCGCCUCUGGAGGCCGGACUCCCGGCUGGGAGGCCCCGCGCGCCGCGCCGAGGGCGGGGCCGGCGCGCGGGGGUGGACCUCGGCGCGCUCCCGGUCGUUCGCUGGCUCUGGGGCCGCAGCGGCUCCUCUGCCGGGUCGCGCCGGACGCCGGGCUUCGGGCGUCGGCUUGGACAGCCUAAGGACCGACGGGUGGGCCGGGCCGCAGGCCUUGUGCCUGCAGUCCCUGGGUCCCGCUAGUGCGGGGUGCGCGCCAUGGCCGCCUCGCCGGGCUCGGGAAGCGCCAACCCACGGAAGUUCAGUGAGAAGAUCGCACUGCACACGCAGCGGCAGGCGGAGGAGACGCGGGCCUUCGAGCAGCUCAUGACCGACCUCACCCUGUCGCGGGUUCAGUUUCAGAAACUUCAGCAACUGCGCCUUACACAGUACCAUGGUGGAUCCUUACCAAACGUCAGCCAGCUGCGGAGCAACACAUCUGAGUUUCAGCCUUCGUUUCAUCAAAAUGAUAACAUUCGAGGAACCCGCCACCAUGGGCUGGUGGAGAGGCCAGCCCGGAACCGCUUCCACCCCCUCCACCGAAGGUCUGGGGACAAGCCAGGGAGACAAUUUGAUGGAAAUACUUUUGCAGCCAGUUAUUCUUCACAGCCCCUGGAUGAGAGUUGGCCAAGGCAGCAGCCUCCUUGGAAAGAAGAAAAGCAUCCUGGAUUCAGGCUCACAUCUGCACUUAACAGGACCAAUUCUGAUUCUGCUCUUCACACGAGUGCUCUGAGCACCAAGCCCCAGGACCCCUAUGGAGGAGGGGGCCAGUCAGCCUGGCCUGCCCCAUACAUGGGUUUCUGUGAUGAUGAAAGUGAUGGCCACGGAGAAGUAGCACCUUUCUCUGGUCCAGUGAAAGAAGAGAAUCUGUUAAAUGUUCCGAAGCCACUGCCAAAACAACUAUGGGAGACCAAGGAGAUCCAGUCUCUGUCAGGGCGCCCUCGAUCCUGUGACGUUGGAGGCAGCAAUGCUUUCCCACAUAAUGGCCAAAACAUGGGCCUCUCGCCCUUUCUGGGGACCCUGAACACUGGAGGGUCAUUACCAGAUCUAACCAACCUCCACUACUCAGUGCCCCUGCCUGCCUCCCUGGACACCAGUGACCACCUCUUUGGUAGUAUGAGUGUGGGGAAUAGUGUGGGCAACCUCCCAGCUGCUAUGACUCACCUGGGCAUAAGAAGCUUCUCUGGUCUCCAGAGUUCUCGAAGUAACCCCUCCAUCCAAGCCACACUCAGUAAGAUUGCACUGUCCUCAUCCCUCAAUAACCACCCACAGACGUCUAUGGCCAGCGCAUCUGCUCUUCACCCCUCGCUCCGUCUCUUCUCCCUUAGCAACCCAUCUCUUUCCACCACAAACCUGAGCUGCCCCUCACGGCGCAGGCAGCCUCCAGUUAGUCCUCUCACGCUCUCCUCUGGCCCUGAAGCACAUCAAGCUUUCAGCAGACAGCUGUCGUCAACCAGCCCUCUGAACCCGUAUCCUGCCUCCCAGAUGGUGUCCUCAGAGCGAAGCCCUCUUUCCUUCCUGCCCACAGAAGCUCAAACCCAAGUAUCCCCACCACCCCCUUACCCUGCACCCCAGGAGCUGUCCCAGCCACUCUUGCAGCAGCCCCAUGCUCAGGAAUCCCCUGCUCAGCAGCCUCAGGCAGCCUCCUCUGACUUCCAGCUCCCCACUGCCCAGGGCUCGUCUCUGACCAGUUUCUUCCCAGAUGUGGGCUUUGACCAGCAGCCCAUGAGGCCUGGCCCUGCCUUUCCUCAACAGGUGCCUCUGGUGCAGCAAGGUCACCGAGAACCACAGGAGUCAUUUCAUUUGAGACCAAACCUGUAUUCCAACUGUGGGAACUUCCCAAACACCAUCCUGACAGAAGACUCAAGCACCAACCUGUUCAAAGACCUUAGCAGUGGGCUGGUAGGCAUGCCAGAGGUCAGCCUGAACGUGGACACUCCGUUUCCAUUGGAAGAGGAGCUCCAGAUUGAACCCUUGAGCCUGGAUGGACUCAGCAUGUUAAGUGACUCCAGCAUGGGUCUGCUGGACUCCUCUGUGGAGGAGACGUUUCGAGCUGACCGACUAUGAGCAGAACACAGCCAAGCAGGAAAACUUCUGAAAUGUCUGAAACAGAGAGAAGAGCCAGCAGAUGCCCUGGACAUUAGUUAUGAGCAUGAAAGGAGCCAGUCCUGCUGCCCCAGGCUCUUGGCUGAGUCCUGUGUCAGAUACUGUGCCUUUUCUAGACACAGAACUAUGUCCUGCCUCUCAGGCUGUGGCACCAGGUAUACUGCUGCAAGCCAGCUGCUUUGGAGCUUCUGAUAAACAGGAAGCUCACCAGAUCAUCCUUCAUUCUUCUUAUUGGCCAUCUAGUCCAGUGUGUAAACAUAGAAAAUGCUGUGUAACAGAAAGCCUCCAUAGCUUUGUUUAGUGCUCAGAACCACUGAUCUCAGUCAACACUGAAGACAGGACCUGGUGUGGUAGACAGAGGCCAUGGGCCUGUGGACUCAGCUCAGCGUCACACAAUGGUACCAGAGCACCAUGAUGCCUUUCUGUCUGACCACUAAUGCAAGGCACCCACUAGCUGGUGGACAUUCUGGGCUUAGCCACAGUUCUGUCAUGUGCCUUAAUUGAAGCAUGAAGUUUAACCAGCCUGUGCCAGGGAGGAUUGAGUUAGGCAAAUGGAAGACCCACUUGUUCUCUCUCAGUUUGUGAUGUCUUUGUUGCUUCGGUGUACCUUUUUCUUAUGUACAGGAGGAAGAGGGAGACUCUCAUUUGGUCACUGUAAACAGUCUCCUGGAAAUUGGAUGAGCCUAAAGAGGAUAGUGCUUCUAAGAGACUUCUAAGAGGGGAGAAAAGAGGGGGCCACAGAUAUGUCACAGGCAUAAGAUGUCUUCAGGACAAGCACAGGGAGCUUCCAGAAGUCCUGUCAGGCACAUAGCAACCUAACUUCCCUGUUCUUCCCCAGCGUGCUUUCUCAGUGAUCAGGAGUUUAAUAGAACCCCUCUAGACCUGCUCUGAGAGGGCAGAAGCUAUGCCUUAGUCCUCAUUGAACCGCUAGGACCUAGCAAGUGCCUGGCUGCUGUGUAAUUGGGUAUGGAAUACAGGCAUGGAUGAGUGAACAAUUCUGCUGUGCAGUGAGGCAGUCUAAUCUGUAGCCAUGCCAGUUCCCUGCCUAAUCUCAGAGCUUUAGCAUUCUCACACUGGUGCCCUUGCUUGAGCUAAGCAUGAACUUGAAUUUGCUUUAACACUAGAUGACCAGAUGUCCUCCUUGGGAAUAUGUCCCUCAGCAGCUAGGUAGGAACUUUCUGCUGACUGAAUCCAAGCCCCCUAAGUGUGGGACACACGGGAUCCUGACUAGGUCCCCAUAUCAGAAUAUCUUCCCACUCAGAUCCAUGUUUUGCUCUAAAUUGCUUAAAAUAGAGGUUCAUACUUACAGGUGGAGAAAUUAGUUUGUGGUAAAUGAAGGGCUGAUUCAUGGAAUUGAUUCAUUAUUCAUUAACACCUUAUCAUAAAAUAAUUUGACUGGAUUUCCACUUCCACCUGCCUCUUAGCCCUAAAUGGGAAAAGUGGUGCCACACAGACACAGGAGGGGAACAAGGGGAGUUGAGAUGCUAGAAUCUGCUUGAACGCUGCUGCCCUUCCUGGAGACACAGUGGUAUCACUGAGGAUCACCCCCGACCCAGAAAAGCAAGGCUACACUAGAAGGCAGCUGUGCCUAUGGCAAGAAAAGCCUGAAGACAGGAUGCUGGCUCCUUCCAUCUACCACGUGCCCAUACCUGUCUUCUCAGGCCUUCUUUCUGAUCUCUCAACCCCGAUGGUGCCUUACUCCACCUUCCUCUGAAGCCCAAGAACUCCUGUGUACCUGUUUGCUUCAGUCUCUUCUGUUGAAUUGGGAAACCAAGCUAGAGCCCUUUGCCUGAUUUCCACCUCAGGAAAAUGCCGCUGGCCUCUGCUUGCAAGCCUCAUUCCCAGUGAAACUCUCAGAUGCUUUAUGCCUAAGAUCUCAGAGGGCGUGACUUUUGUUAAACUAAAAGGGUUUUUCUCUUGUAAUGCUUCCCAGCACUCCAGCAUGCCCACAGAAGCCAGCUCCUAUGUCAGAGGCCCCUGAAAUUGGAUCUCAGCCUUUCAAAGUUGUUUUUGAAGCAAGAAGGUUCCAGGAUCAUCUAUUCUUUAUAUAGUGUGCCUUAUCCAUGGGAUCAUUAUGUCAGGGACCCUGUUCACGUACCACAGCAGUCUGUCUUAUAACAGGAGACCCCAAGACCCAUACAAUGCAUUGCGCUGCCCCUGGGGCAUUCUCCAGUGAUUGGAGUGCCAGAAAGCUGAUAAAGAGGACAACUGGUGUAGCACUGAGUUAAAUCUGCCUUAGGUCCAUCAGCCUGUUCUUUCAAUGUGAGAAGGUUUGGGUCACUAGACAGCCCACCUUACCUAGAUGAUGUUGAGAACACCCAAGGACUGUCACCCUGCCCCUCAGUAUGUACACCUGCACUCAUUGCUGCCUUUGUGACAAACCUGUCCUAGGCCUCAGCAUUGGAAGUGGCUACAGACUUCCAAAAAGCUACUUUUCAAUAUUCACCUUUGUCACGUCAGCGGUACUCAUUUACUAGCAGUUUAGCAGCACGCAUUUCCGUUCCUUCUUCCUGUGUGGUUGUGGGUUUUAGGACAUACGGUGUGAGGAGAAAAUGUUUUGAUCGUGACAAGAUCACCAUCAAUUCCCCUUUACCCCACUUCCUUUCUCCUAAGUCUACUGUAUAUUAUCUAAAGGUUGUGUAAUCAUGCCCAUGAGCAUAUCUCAAGACAUUUCCUGUUCAGACUCUCCUUGGCUCUUCUGAUUUAUGCAUAGAUGGUUCCCAGCAUUUCCACUGCUUCACAGAUGGGACCAUCCCAGCAACUAAUCAGACUUCCUGCCAGUGUCCUAACUCCCAGGCCUUUUGUUAAACAAUAUUUAAAGAUUGGACUUUGUACAAAGUAGCUUCCAAGUUUUAUAAUGCAUUUUACAUAUUUCAUAAUUAAAAGCAGCACAGUCUGGUUGUAUCUGC